AUGGACCGUGUGCACCUAAGAAGGAACCGGGCAAUGAACCCCCUUCUUCGCGCCUACGCGUUGGGGUACCUGUCAUCGGUGACUCCGAGGUUGGUAUCGUAUGUACGCCGUCUGGCUAAGCAAGAUUGGACUGCACAGCAGAAACUUCAAGAGGUAGUUCAAGUUUUGACUGGUCCAUUGCGUGUGAACGGCUUUCCAGCAUUCUGUGCUGCUCUAGUAGGCGGUUCAACUUUGCUACCGAUAUUAUUGUAUCGUCUCUAUGCGUUGAUCACUGCAGGACUUGCCAAAGGCGACGUUCAAAUUUCGAAAAAGCUCGAUCGCUUGAUUCGAUUUGCUGCAGCCUUAAUAUCGGGGUGGUUCAGUUUUCAACUUAUCAACAGAAACCGCAUUUGUCUUCGGACCAAGGAUGUCAGGGUUCAGCGGGAGCGUACCGAGCGGGAAUCUACAGACCAGGGAGAUGACUCCAGCCAGGUUGCAGCCAAUUCGCUUGAGCAUCAACGCCCAGAGUUGGCAGGGAAGACUAUGGACCUGACCAUCUUCUCGGUCACAAGAGCUAUAGAUGUCAUCGCAUGUGUUGCAUGGAACCGCUGGUCCCGCUACCGCAAGGCCCAGAACCGGUGGACUAUUGUCGAACGCUUUGUUCCUGGAUUAGUGGAUUCAGGAGUUUUCGCCAUGAGUGCCGCUAUCGUUAUGUGGGCAUGGUUUUAUCUCCCAGAAAGACUGCCCAGGACAUACGAGAAAUGGAUCGGGGAAGCCGCUCAGGUUGACUCGCGCUUGAUUGAGGCUUUACGCCGUGUUCGACGAGGUGUCUUUGUAUACGGAAAGGAUACAGGUCAAGCAAAUCUUCUCAAGCCUAUGUGCAAUGACUAUAAUUGGCCAGAGGUUUGGGGGGACCCAGCCAAGACAGUCCCAAUUCCCUGCGAGAUGGUCCACAUGGGAUGCGGCCCUAGCUGCGAGAAACACGCUUUGCACCGAUUUGCCAGAACCUUUAAGUUCGCUUGUGCAACUUACAUCCCGUUACAAAUUAUCUUUCGCCUACGAGGGAUGAAUUCCGCAGCAGCUCUCCGACGGGCUAUUUUUGACGCUGCCCGAUCCUCUACCUUCUUGGCGUCUUUCGUGACCCUUUUCUAUUACUCUGUGUGUCUUGCCCGAACGCGACUCGGCCCAAAGAUAUUCGACCCGAAGACCGUCACCCCGUUGAUGUGGGACUCCGGUCUCUGUGUAGGAGCGGGAUGUCUUAUGUGUGGCUGGAGUGCAUUGGUCGAGAAGGCGCGGAAGAGACAAGAGUUGGCACUAUUUGUGGCACCUCGGGCGGCCGCCACGGUUUUGCCACGGUUGUAUGAUAAAAAGUAUCAAUACCGAGAGCGCUUUGCAUUUGCCGUCAGCGCUGCCAUUCUCAUCACUUCCAUUCGAGAGCGGCCCAGCAUGGUUCGAGGAGUCUUUGGCCGUAUCACCAAUAGCCUAACGGGGACAAUUCCCCAACGUUCAAUUUAUCUCCGGAAAAACGUCCUGGACAUGGAGAGGAGGUUUUUCUCGAGAAAUUCCCUGCUCCAAGCAAAACACCAAGGAUCAUCCGCACCUUUCCAUACCCCGGAGUCACAAAAGCGCAAUACCUCUACAUUGUACUAUACCGUCAGUCUCAUCCUCGGAACCGUUGCGCUCGCAUAUGGAUCCGUACCUCUUUAUAAAAUGAUCUGUCAACAAACCGGCUGGGGCGGCCAGCCCAUCCUCACCCACCGCAACGGCGACGGCGAUACUGCAGGGCGCGUGACACCAGUAACAGACUCCCGCCGUCUUCGCAUCACAUUCAAUGGAUCCGUAUCCGAUGUUCUCCCCUGGAAAUUCACACCACAGCAGCGCGAGGUCCGAGUGCUACCGGGCGAGACAGCUCUGGCGUUCUACACGGCAACGAACAAGGGCCCGAACGAUAUCAUUGGAGUUGCAACGUACAGUGUUACACCGGGACAGGUAGCGCCGUAUUUCAGUAAGAUUCAAUGCUUCUGCUUUGAAGAGCAGAAGCUCAAUGCGGGAGAGUCGGUUGAUAUGCCCGUGUUUUUCUUCAUUGAUCCUGACUUCGCGACGGAUCCUAAUAUGAAGGGCAUUGAUACUAUUACCUUGUCAUAUACUUUCUUCAAAGCGAAAUAUGAUGACAAUGGUGUUCUCAAGCCCAUUGCUUCAUAA